UUGGUGUGGUCAUGAAUAUGGGAAGACAGAAAUAAAACAUUUGAUUAUACCUGACAUUGAUCAUACGAAUGCAACAUCUAAUCGUGGAUUUUCUGUGAUAAUGGAAUUGAAAACGUGUUGA